CAUCCUUUCGCCGAAUGUCCCGCAGACCGCCUGUGGGACAAUUCCUAUUCUACCGUCAGCAAACGGGUCCUUCGCCAGUUGCUCGUCCGAAGCAGCAACAAGCCGCUUUGUGUCGAUUGGCAACGAGGUCGAAGUUGCCCAUCUCGCUUGCACGACGAACGACACCUAUGCUCCGGGUGUCUCUCGCUCUCCCAUGGAGCUCAAAACUGCCCUCGAGCACAGACGCUCUCAUCCAGUGUGUCCUUAUAA